CAGUCUUGUAAAACCAGAAGAUAUCGGGUUGCGUAUAGGAAGUCUGAGCUGUGCUUUGCAGGCAGUAUGUGACAAGAGCUCUGCCUGUUACUGAUACACCUAUUGGAAAAGGAAAGAAGACAUACACACGUAUUUCUAGAUCCGGCUGAACUCUGAAAACUCUGAAAAGUGAUUUGAAAGGUUGGAUGAGCUUUGAAAGAUGUUCUCCUCCUGUUUUGGAUGUUAAAACUCAUCCCAUCCCAGAUCUCAGUGGGAUGGUGUCUUCAGCUCAUGAAAACUGCCAACCUGUCGUUUAAAAUGAUUUCUAGAAGAAAACCGUUGACAACUGCAUCUUUGUUGAUACUUAUGAUCAAAGUUUUCAAUGGAAAUACCCUGACAUGUCAUCCAGCAGAGUAUCAGAUAGGGAAUGAAUGCUGUCCUAUGUGUCCCAUUGGAAGUCGCGUUAAAAUAGUUUGCACAGAGUUCAGAAGUACCUCCUGUCUGCCCUGCAUUGACGGAACCUUCAUGAAUCAGCCUACUGGACUUAAACAAUGUUUUCCCUGCACACACUGUGAUGCAGGCUCUGGUCUGAAGAUAAAGAGGUCAUGUACAACAAUAUCAGAUACAGUUUGUGAACCACUGGAGGAAUUCUACUGUAUAGACUUCACAGAGGAGCACUGUGCGGCAGCACAGAAACACAGAAGAUGUCAACCAGGACAAUACAUCAGUCAAAAAGGAACAGCCUUCGCAGACAGUGUGUGCUCUGACUGUAGUGGUGGAACAUUUUCAGAUGGGACAUUUACAUUUUGUCAACCACACACACAAUGUGAAUCAAAAAACCUUCAGCUGAUAAGACCUGGAACUGCUUCAACUGAUGCUGAAUGUGGAGAACACAGUGCAAAAGGGACAGCACUUGUGAUCGUCAUUCCAUUGAUUUUUUUAUUGAUUUUAAUACCAGCUGUAGUUUACUUUGUCAUGAAGAAAACAUAUCUAAAACGCAAAAAAAGAAAUUCAAGAAUUUCCAACAGUAUGUUUGAUGGAGAAGCUGGAGUGGAAACAUUACAGAUGACAGUAUGACCAGCAGCGAAAGAGAUAACCCGGAGAUAAGCAGAGAAACACUGUUCACUGCAGAAUAGAUGUGCUCUAGAAUCCAGUUAUAAUUCAGUUGGAUGCUGGAACAUUGUCUUUGCAGCGUACAGAAAUAAAACCACUGCUCUGUAUUACAAACUGAACACGCCCUCUACAGAACUGCUGGUCUAUAGUCUGGAUCAUUAUUUCACACGGAUGUUACUGCACAGAGACUAAAGUCAGCCUGGAAUAUAAAACUUGGAGCAGGUUGACUCAAGGUACAUGAAGGUCCUGCGCAAAAUGACAGUGAGUCAUGCUGCAUGUGCCUGCAUGAGAGAGAGCUACAGUAGGAUCUGAACAUCAGACUGAAACUAGACCUUAUAAAUAAAGGCAAACAGCUGGAAACAGAGGGCAGUGUGUCCUUUACUGCAGCAUGAUAGGACAAGUGGUUGUCGUCAACGUGGGAAUAUUGAUCUUUUAUUGUUUUAUAAGCCUUUUAAGCAAACAUUUUCUUCACAAUAGACAUUUUAAUUUGGGAAUGACGACGGAUUUCCGGUGUAUGUGUGAGAGAUACCCUCUACACUGGCAUUAGUGUUGCAGCGGGUGUGACAGGCUGUCAGCCAUAUGAUGGAGUUUGAAGCUUUUUAUGCACAUCAUUGUCUGCAAAAAAUGUCACACAAAACAUCACUUGGUAUGAUAAGCAGGCUGAUGUCACCAGUAAAAAAAUUGCUCUUAACAAGAGAGCAAAAGAAUGAAUAGGUGGCUGAGAGCAAGGGGCAACCCAGUUUGUGAACUGCCGCCUUGAAGCCUCGAGUCUGGCAUUUUGGCUUUCGCCAUCUUGGUUCUUUGGAGCUGGAAGUAGUCACGUUUGGAUGAGAGGUUGGAUCUGGAGAGGAGCAAGGGGAUGGAUCUGACUGAGAACCCGAGGAAACUAUGAACACCCAGUUAUGCAGGCAACCUGACCGCACCAGGCUCUCGGCUGCGCCGUGCGAAGUCACUGACUGAGUUAGCUUCCAUAGUUCGAGGUAAACUUUACAGCUGUUAAAGUAAUCUUUGUAGCUAACUGCACACAUGUCCACAUCUGGCAAAUAUUGUGUAUGUAAAGCUGUACAGCAGACUGUUUUUUU